AUGAUUAAAUCAUCCCAUGACACCCUCGUUCCCAUUGUCCCCGGAGACUCCAGUGAUAACGAGGUCGAUCCCUCUGAUGGCUCUAGCAAUGACGACCUCGAUCCCGUUGACCGCAGUGCCCUCGGAGCCCACGAUAGCAACGACCCUGAGCCCUACCACGGUCUCAAUAUUGAGGACGGGGACGAGGAUGAGAUUAAUCACUUUAAAGAACCCGAGCAUGCAAUCAUCUGCAAGCAGCUGCGUGAGAUCAUUUCCCGAGAUGCAAUCGAAACUCCCCAGAUAGAUACGGUGCGGUUUGUAGGGCUGAGUAACUACGAGCUCCCUAGUGGGCUCACAUGGAAAGCUCUCGACGGCCUUCGACCACGCCACCUCGAGCUGGACGUGGCGAUUUCUAGUGGCACUGGUGUCGAGCUUGAUUCUCUGGUCAUGAAACGCAUCUCUUCUCUGACGUUUAACUUCUGCUGUAAUAUGAUAAUCCCAUCGGCGUUUGGUGCUGGAGGUUCUUUGCGACGACUGAUCAUCCUCGAGAACGAUGCGCUCGACAUGUUUGUCCAUAUGUCGAAGGAUGGCGUAUUGGAUUCUCUCGAGGAGCUCAAGAUAACGAGCACGAACGGCUGUGACGGCAAUUCAACUUAUCCACAAGAAUUUCUCGAAGCCAUGUCGCAUUGCUCUACGCUUCAUUCUCUCGAUCUGGCGAUGAGCGUGCCGUCCGAAUACCAAAAACUUUCCGAUUUUGUUCGCCUCCCGCACCAUCUUUCUCAUAAUCUCGAACACUUCCGCUUCUGGGGCCAACCAGAGAUGGCGGAAAAUGUUGAUUCCUGGCUCGAGUGCGCCCUGGAUCCCAAUUGGUUGCCGAGCUUGAAGACAUGGUCAUUCAACCUCGAUGUUGCAAAGAACGUGAACCUCCUCGAGGCGCAUGAAGCACAGAAGCUUGCGCAGAAGUUGACGGAUUUUAUGUUGAAUAAUCGUCCGAAUUUAGUCCUCGCUAGUCCUGUGCCAAAAUUAGUGCCCAUCCCCGGGUCGGAAUAA